GUUGCAGGGAAAAGUUUUGCAUCAUUGAACGACAAGCCAUCAACAAACGAUCUUCUAUCAUCAACAUAGCCACAACCAACCAUGUUGUUGUGAUCGGAAUCUCGUUUCCCAUCGCAAUAUGACCCAAAUAUCCUCUGCCCAAAUUUUCUGCGUGAAAAAGUCGCUAUCACGCGCGGAAAUUCUCGCAUUCACCCCGUCACACAACCCGCUAUCGCCAUGCGGCCCCAAGCUCCGAGAGUCGUGAGGCAACGCAAACUCAACAAAAGCGUGCCCCAACCGGUUCUGAGAGAAGACCAGAUCGAGUCUGCUGAGUUUGACUCUCUUCAGAAUCAACAACACGUCGAAACUGGGGUAGAGCGGUCAGAAGAAAAUGUGAGUUUCACGUGAUGUCAUGACUUAGUCACGUGUCUUACCCGGAUAAUGCAUUGUUCGCUGACUCAAUGAUGAUCAGGAAUACCAUUUGCAGGCCGCCUUGGCAGCCAACUCGGCCAGAACAGAGAAGGAUGAGGAAAAAGAGAUCCCUGCGCCUCCAGCACAGGAAAGUACUGACAUCAAAUACGAUGAGCUGUACACUUUGCAAUUCGUCCGCCCUAAUACUUACAUUCGCUUUUCCGAUACUGUCGAAGAAGCGUGCGGUUGUCCAUAUGACAUGACAACCGAGGACGACGUUUUUCUGAAAGGGUAUAAUCAAAAGAAAAGUGCGAGCAAUCGAUGCUCAGAGGAUGACUUUGAGAAGAUAAUGGAUGUUUUUGAACUCACUGCUCAAUCCCAGGCACCUUUCGCAUCUGUUGACAACCACGUCGUCCCUUUUGAGAGAAUGAAGCCGGAAUUACUGAAGACACAGAUUGGCCCGAAUGGACUACCACUAAAGCAGAAUAUGGUCGACAAGCUCUUGGGGUUCGCUAAAGAUAUCUACGAGCACUGGAGGGAACGAAGACGCAUCUCGGGAAAUAAUCCAAUCCAACCAAGUCUGAAACGUGAGAUACACCAAGAAAAUGAUGAUGCCGAUCCGUAUGUGUGUUUCCGUCGUCGUGACGUCCGGGCACCUAGGAAGACCAGAGCUCGUGAUGUGCAGAGUACCGACAAGCUGAAGCGGUUGAGGAAAGAAAUCGAAGAUGGUCGCGCGCUUGUUGCAAUGGCAUUGCAGCGUGAGAGAACGAAACGAGAUCUUUUGAAUAUUGACAAAAGUAUCUUUGAACAACGUACGAAACUCAAGGAGGCCAAGAUUAGACUCGGUAUCAAGGGCGAUGACGAGGAUCUCAUCAACCAAAAGGUAAAACAUCUAAAUCCUGAUUUAGUGACCAUCGCUGACUCAGAGCAGCCACAGAAGAGGAAGAUUUCGGAUUUCGCUCCCAGCAUGCAGCGUCCACCUCCAGGUCAGCAGCUACGCAUGCCGCCUCAAGUUGAUGGACGUAUGCUCAAUACUGAACUCGUGCAAUUGCGUGAUUUGCUUGCGCAACGACAGCGUGAACUUGACAAAGAGGUCGAAGAAAAAACCAUGCAGCAUCGUGUAUGGAACCAAAAUCACAUCGACGUAACCCGAGAACCCCUCUCGCCAGUACAUGGGCAAGGAUCCGAUACUGGUUUCCGUCCCGCCACAGCCCAGUACCAAUACUUGAUGACGCCUCCUUCUUCUGUGACUUCAGAAUCCUUUGAUCAUCCAUCUCCCGGCCAUGAAAGUCAUGAACCACUUACAGUCCGAUACAGUAGUCCUCCCCAUGAAGAAGAAAGUCGGUCACAGCCAGCAUAUCGUAGGCGAAUUGGUCGUGGCGGACGUCUGUGGAUUGACCGUAGAGGCAUGUCUUCGGCAGCGAAGGGAGCUGUGGACGAGGUUGUGUUUGAUCGAUGGAAAUUUGAUCAGGACGACGAUGAAGAGCAGCCUGUCUAUGAAGUAGACCCAUACGACACAAAGGCUUUACGGUUCCGUGCUACCAUACCAUUCCCUCCUCAUCUUUAUCCUCAACAUCCUAGACAGGACAAUAGAAGCCGACCUCCUGGGGCUAGUCCGUUGAAUAAUCGGACAGUUGCAGCACCCGCGGUAGCGGUACAGCAGCAGCAACCGCCAGCGCCAGCACCGACUUGA